AUGGUCCAACUCGCCCACAUCUUCAAAAAGGAUAAGGAUAAGGAGAAAGAGAGCAAAGACUCUGAAUCAAAACCAAAAACGAAAUCCAAGGACGAACCCGAUAGUCCCGCUUCGUCACCCCGAGCGUCCUUCUCCACCUCCAAACCCUCCAAACCUCAUCCCGCUAAAUCCCCCUCUAAAUCUUCCUCCAAGUCGCCCACCAAGAACCGAUUCUCGCACAGUCGGUCUUCUUCCACUUCCACUCCCCUCAAAUUCGGCACUCGGUCUUCUAAAGACCAGGACUCUCACCCACUUAACCUACCCCCCGACGAGCUGCGCCGUCGUCUGUCCGCUAUGGCGGCCACUCGGGAUGACCAGCGGAGCUCCAUGGACAUUGAUCCUCAGGAAGCCCAGCAGAAGAACGGUGUGAACACUCAAGAGCGCAGUCCUACCCCACCUCCGCACCGCUCAAACUCCGAUGCGGGCGAGGCAGACUCGUUCAAGCUGGCUGGCAACAAAUUUUUCAAGGAUGGCAAUUACGCUCGUGCUAUCGAGGAGUACAACAAGGCUAUCGAAAUCAACCCCAACUCGUCCGCUUACCUGUCCAACCGCGCUGCGGCCCACAUGUCGGCAAAGCAAUUCCUGAACGCCCUUGAGGACAUUGAACGCGCGAACGAGCUCGACCCCACCAAUGCGAAGAUUGUGCACCGAUGGGCUAAAAUUUUGACAAACCUGGGUCGCCCCGCCGAGGCGCUCGAGGUCUUGUCUCGUGUGGAACCAGCUGCGACCGCGACCGACCGGGCCCCCGCCGAGAAGAUGUUGAAAUUCGUCCGCCAGGCCGAGGAGACUCUUGCCGAGGACCGCGGUGGAUCGAUGGCGAUUUUCUGUCUCGAUCAGGCCCGCCAGGGUCUCGGACUGGGCGUGAAGGAGCCACGCAAGUGGACUCUUCUGACUGCUGAGGCGCAGUUGAAGAUGAACAACAGCAACUCGCUGGGUAAGGCGCAGGAUCUGGCCAUCGGAUUGCUGCGCGAUAACAGCCAGGACCCCGAUGCGAUGAUGAUUCGGGCGCGUGCAUUCUACGCCUCCGGUGAGACGGAACAAGCGCUGAAGCUGUUGAAGAUGUGUCUUGGGCUGGACCCGGAUAUGAAGGCGGCGAUCAAGUUGUUGCGCAUGGUGCAGAAGUUGAGCCGCACAAAGGAGGAGGGUAAUGCUGCUUUCAAGGCUAAGGAUUACCGUCGUGCUAUUGAACUCUGGACUCAGGCUCUUGAGGUGGAUCCUACCAACAAGGAUAUGAACUCGAAGAUCCUGCAGAACCGUGCUCAGGCUUAUAUCAACCUGAAGGAGCACGAUGCCGCUAUCGAAGACUGCACUGAGGCCCUGCGUCUGGAUCCUGAUUACCUUAAGGCUUUGAAGAUGCGUGCCAAGGCUUACGGUGGCGCUGAGAAGUGGGAGGAGGCUGCUCGCGACUACAAGAGCGUUGCUGAGAAGAACCCAUCUGAGAAGGGUAUCGGAGAGGAUAUUCGUCGGGCUGAGUUCGAGCUGAAGAAGUCCCAGCGCAAGGAUUACUAUAAGAUCUUGGGAGUUGGCAAGGAUGCCAGUGAGAACGAGAUUAAGAAGGCCUACCGCAAGAUGGCUAUUCAGUACCACCCCGACAAGAACCGCGACGGCGAGCAGGGCGAUGAGAAGUUUAAGGAGAUUGGUGAGGCCUACGAGUGUCUGAUGGACUCUCAGAAGCGUGCUGCUUAUGACAACGGUGAUGACCUGAUGGACCCUGCUGAUAUGUUCGGCGGCGGUGGCUUCGGCGGCAUGGGAGGAGGCAUGGGUGGCAUGGGCGGUAUGGGUGGAAUGGGAGGUAUGGGCGGUAUGGGCGGCAUGAACGGCUCCCAUAUCAACAUCGACCCGAACAUCCUGUUCAACAUGAUGAACGGCGGUGGCGGUGGCGGUUUCGCCUCUGCUGGUGGCCACCCAUUCGGCGGUGGUCAGUCUCGCGGUGGAUUCCCUGGCGGGUUCUCCUUCUAA